AAAAAAUGUAAUAAUAAUGUAUGAAGCGAACGAGACAGAUAGCGUCGCGUCGCGUCGCGCCGUUUGUCGGCAUACCGCACUAAAGCCACGCCCCGUCUCGACGCGCCUCGUCGGACGUGCGUGACGAUUAGAUUGUGCCCGGACGUGAGAUCGCUGGAACGUGAACGAUUUUAGGAGGGGGAAAUCACUCACCAUCCGCCUGUGACGUCAGUAGCGGGGUUGUGCCUUGCAGAGAUGGAUACGAGCGCGUCUCGGUUGCGUGGCUCUAAAAAUGGAUGCCGACGGUCACGUGAUGCGGCUGCACCAAUCGUCGAUUGUCGAUUUCGAAAAAAAAACACGCCGAUUCAAUGGCCGAAUUCGAAAUCAAUGGCAUUUAAAUCAAUUAAAAGAACCAAACACACGGCUCCUAUGAAUAAUGAAUGAAUCAAUAACCAGAUCCUCCAACAUCUUAAAGAAACUCAUGCUUUAAAAAAAGGAUAAGAAAGAAAAAAAGAGGUUCAUCACGUUAUGGAAAAAGCGAAAGAGCAUCUCCAGCUCCUUCAAGGCAUUCUACACUCUUCAUUCUGCGAUUCAAAAUUAAUUUUUCCGAGAAAAUUAUUUAUUUUUUAUUGAAAGAACAAAAAAAAAAUUACCAGGUGUUUUAACAUUUAUACUGCAAGUGGUCGAUUAGACACGCUUCAAGAGCUGCAAUUCAGGAAUCGACAUCGGUAAGAACCUACGAUGUGUUAACGCAACAUAAUACUGCAAUGUUAAUGGUAUCAUGACAAUGCUGUAUCUUGAUUAUUAUCAAAUCAUAAUACCAGAGUGAAAUCCUGUUACAUCUUCAUAUUUAGAAAUGAUUUUGAACCCAGUUUAUUAAAUAUGCAAGCAGACAGAAUUGAAGUCUCUUCAAAUAUGUUAGAUUCAAGUUAUUUGAACUUUAAUAAUUCAAGAAAUUUACAAAAUUUUCAUAAUGCCAGGAUUCAUUAUAUGAAUGAUGUUGAUGAUGAUAGUGAUGAUGAUGCCAAUGUUCUGUCUACUCCAAAGAAAAACAAUACAUUAUCCAUUCAUUAUAAAGGAAAUGAAGCUUAUGGUUUCCAAACAAGUUUUCCUGAUUUCAUUCAAAAAUCCUACUCAAAAAUAAAAAGUAUUGAAAAAGAAUUGAAGUUGAAUGAGGAAUUUAAAAUUCGGCAAGAUCCAAAAUUGAAAUUUGAAUGCAAAGUUGUUUGUGAAAGAUUGAACAUUAAACUUGAUGAUGGGAAAUGCACAAAGAUUCAAAGGAAAGAAGGAAAUUUCAUUUCAAAUGAAGAGAAUUAUAGUACAGACAAAAACUUUUUUAUUGGCCAGACUCUACCCGACAUGAGUCACCUUUGGAAUAUAACGCAUGCAAUUACACAAAUAGAUUCACAGUUUUUGUUGAACAAUAAAAACAUCAAUAAUAAAGCAUUGGGGAAUGAGAACGACAGAAGCAACAGUCUGCAGCCCUCGACGUCUAGACCGCUGACUGAAAUCGAAGUUAUUAUAAUUCGAAGUCACGUGAACAACAUUUUAUCUGAGAUAGUUCCAGAAAUUAAGGAAAAUGAAUCUUUAGGCAUGAAUACUUCACGGCAAAGAAAGCGGAGAAAAAGAAGUCUACCUAAAAGUAAACAAGCCAAAAAAGCCUAUUCUCAGAAAGAAAACGAAUGUAAUAAGUACAAAGCCACGCAAAGAAAAUACAUUGAAGAAGUUGUUGAUUCUUCUCGAGAAAUGCAAAUUCUUGACAGUGAAGAGGCUGUAGAACGGGUCAAAAUUGCCACACCGGGAUCAGGAUGUGAAAUUGAACGUAGCUAUCGAGAGACAGGACCAGUGGUAGGAACCUCUUUGUACUGGAGAUCAGGUGUCAAGAAUGAAGACGAAAUUGUCAUCAAAAAGGAACCGGAGUGGGACGUUGAUGCAAACACUGAUCAUUUGUCUUGUUUGCAAUUUGUAAUCGAUAGCUCAAGUAUUAAAGCCGAGCACAAUAGUACCGCUAUGGAGAAUGAUCUGCCUUUGGAAAAUGGAGAAGAGACGAUACAUAAAAAUAACAGCACAUAUUUUCAAGACGACUACAUUUAUGAAGAUUUCAAACACGAAAUAAAAAGAAAAUUUGAUGACGAACCCGACUGUAUGAAUAAAGAAAACAUACAAGAGGAAGAAAGAUAUCUGACUGUUAAAGAUUUACGAUGGAAUAAUAAUAAUCCUGAUAUUCUGCUGGAUCCAAAAUUAAAAUUACAAUGCAAAGUUAUUUGUGAAAAAUUGAAUUUUGAAAGUUUCCACUUCCAAAAUUUAAAGUUGCAGCAGAACGAAAACGAUGUAUCAAAUAUCAAGAACCACGAAGGAAAUAAAAAAACAAGAAAGAAGUGGUUCAAUCGUGACAGGCACGGGAAAAAUUAUAUAAGAAUUAGUAACUUAAAUCCAAAAUGUAUUAUUAAAUUGAGAUUAGCCAGAAAUCACGUUUUGAAAAGGCAUUUAUUCAUUUCGUCGAGAAAGAAGCUGGAGUGUCAUAUUUGCAAGAAGACGUUUUCAUAUCAUAUAUUAUACGCCAAUCAUCUGUUUGUACAUUCCAAUAAAAGAACUUACCAUUGUAAUGUCUGUAAAAAACAGUUUUUCUUCAAAUGUUAUUUCGAGGAACACACGAAAUCACAUAUAGAAGGGACUCCGUUUUCUUGUUCAAAAUGCAAGAAGAGAUUUAAACUUUUUUCUGAAUUAGCGAAGCACAGGAAAUAUCAUUUCAAAGUUAAACAUCGCUUGAAAGUCAGCCAUGACCCAUGCAAACAUUAUGUAAAGGAAGUUAAGCCGAAAAAAGCAAAGUAUCCUGAAAAUAGACUAUUUCCGUGUGAGAUUUGUGGGAAAAUAUUUCAUUGUCAAAAUUAUUUUGGGACCAAUUUAAGGUAUAAUUCUGAUAAAAGGCCAGUAUGCGAAUUCUGCAGAAAAAGUGCAAAGUGUAAAAUGCGUUUUUCAUGCGAACUCUGUGGAAAACAAUAUAAGACUAAAUCUAACUUAAAACGACAUCUGCAUAGUCAUUACAACCUAAAAGCUUUUCAAUGCAAAUUAUGCCUUAAAUCAUUUAACUUAAAAUCAUUAUUAAUGGCGCAUGAGAAGAUUCAUUCAUAUGUGAGGUCGUUCUUGUGUAAAAUCUGUGGAAAAAGUUUUAAGAAAAAGACUGAUUUGAAAAUACACGAACGGUCUCAUUCUUACAGACUUCAGAAUCACAUGAACAACGAUAAAAUACAUUGUUCAUGUGAUUGUGAAGUCUGUGGAAAACAAUUUAAGAAUAGAAAUUACUUAAAACAACAUCAGAGUGUUCAUAAAAACACAAGAGCUUAUCAAUGCAAAUUUUGCACCAAAUCAUAUAAGUGGAAAACAUCAUUACUGGCCCAUAUGAAGGUUCACUCAGGUGUUGGGUUUACUCAGGUUUGGGUCUUGUGUGAAAUCUGUGGAAAAGAAUUUAAGAAUAGAAAUUGCUUAAGACAACAUAAGAUGAUUCAUACCAACAUAAGAGCUUAUCAAUGCAAAUUAUGCACCAAAUCAUUUAAGUUGAGAUCAGGAUUAAUGGUCCAUCAGAAGAUUCACUCAGGUGUGAAGCCUUUCUUGUGUGAAAUCUGUGGAAAAGCAUUUACGAUGAGAAACGGUUUAACACGUCAUCUGAUAUGUCAUAGCAAAGAAAGAUCUUUUCAAUGCAAAGUUUGCACCAAAUCAUUUAGUAACAGAUCAGCUUUAAUGGAACAUCAAAAUUACAAUCAUUUGGAGGUAAUAAUGCCUUUCUCGUGUGACAUUUGUGGAAAUGCUUACAAAACACGGGCAUUACUAAUUGAACACAACGUGAGUCAUGCCAAUAGCAAACCUUUUGGAUGCGAAAUUUGUCUCAGGCAUUUUGAAGUGAAAUCAGCUUUAAGAUCGCACAUAAGAAUGCAUUUUACAAAAGCCUAAAGAUACUGCAUGCAACAUAUGCAGAAAGAAUUUUAAGCAGAAACUAAAGUUAAAAGACACAUAGAAGAACCCAUUUUAAGAAAAGCUAUGAAUUUUUUGAAAGAUGUUUUAAGCUGUCAAGUGAAUUAACUAUGCACAAAAGAACUUGUUCUAAAGAAAGACUUCAGUCAGAAAGUUGGUAAGAUAUAGAGUCAUAUGGAUGAUUUUACUAUAACACAUAAGCAAACUGUGAUGAGAGGUCAAAAUUUGAAUCAAAUUGGUCUCGUAAUUUCUUUUGGAUAUUUCAAGUUGGGCUAUUAUUCUUGAAUACAGGUAAAAGAGAGAUCAGACUAUCGUAAUGAAAUGGUUGUUAUAACAAUCUUUAAUGUGUUCAAAUUUUGUAUAGGCUGUAAAGUAUGUUUUAAUUUCAAACUUUAAUAAAGAAUGCUGAAUGAUCUCUGCAAAAAAUUCAAAAUUUUCUGACAAUUCAAGUUUUUUCAGUUAAGACAUGGAAGGAAGUAAAGUCAUGAGAAAAGUCAGCAGUGCAACUGACUCCUUGCCAGUAUUUCAUUUUUUCAAGUGACAUCUAGUUUAUCGGCCUGUAGUUUGGUUUUUUCUGCUAUAUGAAUCUGGAAACGGGAUGGCAAAGGCCAAGGGAUGCAAGUUCAAACACAGGCUGACUUGUAAACAUUUAUGAGUUGUCUGUCUGGAUAGGUCAUGUCCUUUACUUUGGCAAGUAGGUACCAGCUUUGGGAGAAGUGUCUAAAGUGAUCAAAUUUCAUUAAAUCAUCCCUUCAUUAACAGAAGAAUCAUUUGAAGACUCAUUUGAGAGAAACUUACAUUUCAUCAUCAUCAGGUUAUUCUGACUAAAGAAACAAAAUGUAAGAGGAGAACUGACUUUGAAACUGAGCUCUGAAUAACAAUAAUUAUUAUUAUUUGGUUUCAUAUCAAUUGUU